AUGAAUGCAGACGACCACCGUCUGCUGGGGGCCGAGGCCAUGGUGUUGGAGAGUGUGAUGUUUGCCAUCUUGGCAGAGAGGGAGCUGGGACCCAAACUCUAUGGUAUUUUCCCUCAGGGCCGACUGGAGCAGUAUGUCCCUAGUCGUAAACUGGACACCUGUGAGUUGAGCGACCCCAGCAUCUCAGCUGAAGUUGCAGAGAAGAUGGCCAAGUUUCACGGGAUGAGGAUGCCCUUCAACAAGGAACCCAAGUGGCUGUUUGGAACCAUGGACAAGUACCUGAGCCAAGUCAUGAGGCUGAACUUCACCAGAGAGUCCCACCUGCGUCGCUUCAACCGCCUGCUCAGCUACAACUUGCCGCAGGAGAUGGAUAUGCUUAAGUCUCUGCUGGAGUCCACGCACUCUCCCGUAGUGUUCUGCCACAACGACUGUCAAGAAGGGAACAUCCUGCUGCUGAAGGGUCGCCAGAGCUCAGACAAACAGAAGCUGAUGCUCAUUGACUUUGAAUACAGCAGCUACAAUUACAGGGGAUUUGAUAUUGGCAACCAUUUCUGUGAAUGGAUGUACGACUACAACUGUGAGGAGUUUCCUUUCUUCAAAGUGAACACUCAGGCCUACCCUUCAAAGGCCCAGCAGCUGCACUUCAUUGAGAGCUACCUGCGUGAGUCCGAUCAAGGGUUUGACAACCUGAGUGAAGAGGACCAAAUGAAACUGAAAGAGGAGCUGCAUGUGGAGGUCAACAGGUUCUCCCUGGCAUCCCACUUUUUUUGGGGCUUGUGGUCCAUCAUCCAGGCACGGCUCUCCACCAUCAAGUUUGGCUACCUGGAGUACGCCCAGGCCAGAUUUGAUGCCUACUUCCAGCAGAAGAAGAUGUGGGCCGUCUAA